UUCACAUAUAGAUUAUUAAAUUGUGUUGUAUCCCAUAUCAAUUUACUUUUUAACUACAUCCACAUAGACAACUCGUAUUUGUGCAUUUUCUGGCCAAUCAAAAAAUUAAAAUUGAUAAAGGAAAACAGUUAAUCUAUACUUCAUAUACAUAUAUCUGUAUCAGUUAUGUUACAUAUUAUGUUGAAAUUUGAACGUUUCGAAAUUGACAUUUAGAAUUUUUUCAAUAUCAAAAUGCCAGAUAACGAGACGGUAUUAUAUACGCAACUGCAACCAUGGAGUACAGUGGCUGCUACACCAUGCAUGGAACAAGUAGCUGGUACUCCAGUACCUACCAGAAUAGGAAAUUACUACCAGACGCCCCUACCUCAUCCAUGGAGACCCACCAUCGGAUAUGAGCUCGUAGAAGCAAUGCCCUUACCCAAUCAACAUGCAACUAACGCUAUAGUCGAUCCUUGUUACACACCAUAUGGUAUGGCAACUGAACCGUUAAAAUUUCCGAAUUUAGUCACUGGUUUCGAACGAAAUCCAGCGCAUGCUGCCAGAGCAGCUCUAUAUACUAGAUAUACUCCCCUAGAAUGGACACAGAGUAACUUGAAACUUUUUAACGAAGCUGAUACUAAUAGAAACUAUUCCGAAAGAUUAAGAGGCGAUUUUAUUAGGGUCAUGAGAGAAACGGAUGAGAAAACAGCCCAGGGUCAAAGAGAAUCCGGCAGACGUUUGGGAGAACGGAUUACAGACACUACCUUUUGGAGGAAUGAAGUUAGAACUGAAUUGGAACGGUUGAUUUCUGAAGCAGAUCAAAUGCAAGGUGUGAAAAGAAAAGUACAAAAAGCUUUGGAUGAUAUCGAGGGACCUUUACACAUUGCACAAGAAUGUUUAUAUCACAGAGAAACAAGAGAAGGUAUCGAUUUAGUCCACGAUGUAGCUGAACAAGCCUUGCUUAAAGAAAUUGAAACUUACAGGAAUAAACAAGAGCAAUUGAGAACGUUGUUUUCCAAAGUGUCCGAUCAGAUGCGAAAUAACAGAGCUGCUCAAGCAGAAUUAGAAAAAGACGUUCAAAGCAAAGACUCCGCGCUAGGAAUCGAUAAUAUGUGUCAUCAAUUAAAUAAUUUUUCAAAAGGAAUCAACUACUAUGGAGGAAUAGAAAAAUUCGAUCCAACUACGAGCAACACAGUUACUUGGGCAGAAAACAGUAAUAGAAUUGUACAGAGAUCACAGUCUGAAAGAGGGAAAUCAGCGCAAAUGAGAUCGGAUAUUGAUAAUCUUAUAAAUUCAUGUGCUCAAGAAGUUUGGGAUGCUUGGAGUAAUACUAAUAAUGCUCUAGCUCGUAGAGCAGCAGAAACAUUGGAAAUUAAGAGUAAAUUACAAAUGCAAUUGCACAAGGUUCAACAAGAGCUUUUCGACUUGGAAAAAAAUAUCGAGCUAUUGAAAAAGGCUAUACUGGAUAAGAGUAAUCCUAUGAAAGUAGCCCAUACGAGAUUAGAAGCAAGAACUCACAGAAAAGAGAUAGAAUUAUGUAGAGAUACUGCUCAGGAUAGAUUAGUGUAUGAAGUAAAAGAGCUCCAAGACAACAUUGAAGUAUUACACAGAAAGCUGCAAGAAGCUGAAGCCCAGCAUCAACAGUUACUUAAAACUAGAUCAAAUUUAGAAACUGAUUUACACAAUAAAGUGAAUUCUCUUUUCAUUGAUCGUGAAAAGUGCAUGGGUUUAAGAAGAUCAUUUCCGAUAACAGCAACUAUUAAGUAUUAAUACUGGUAGUGAUUGAAAUAAAAAUUUGAUUAUGCAAUAUUUGGCCGGGUCUCGAGUACAAAAUUGUUAAUUAGAUCAAAUAAAUGAAUUUUCAAAAUUA